AUGCUUUCAUCCGUUGAAAUUGAAAAAAGUGACACCCGUAUACCAGAGAUAAUUAGAUUUUACAAUAGCACAAAAUUUGGUGUAGAUGUAACCGAUCAAAUGGCCAAAAAAUAUAGUGUAAAAUCUUUAUAUCAGAGAUGGCUUUUACAGAUAUUUUUCAAUAUCUUAGAUUUAGCCGAGAUAAAUGCUUGGAUUUUAUAUAAAGAAACAACGAGUGAAGAAGUAUCGAGGCAAGAAAGACAGCUAAGCAAAGAAUGUUCAUCAGAAACAAUAACAAAUACAGCUAUAGAUUCAUCUGGACGAAAAGCUUGUCAAAUAAGAUAUUGCUUAGCCAUCAUGCCUCCUAGCACCUUACAAAAAUAUUCAGCUCUGCAGAAGACACAUCUUCAAGGUAUCAGGGGAAUUAAGAAUCGAUUACAUCAGAGGUCACUUACAAAAGAAAUGGUCGAGGAGAGAAUCAAAGAUUUAAAAGCGUUCAAAGACCAAGCUCGAAAGGCUCAUCAAGAGUUUAUUGCAGGAGAAGAUAAGUUAGACACUGACGUCGUCAACAUUGUGUUAGACCAAAUCCAAAGCGCACACGAGGAAGCCCGCGAUGAAUGUUUGAAAUUAUUGUCGCAGCUUGAAAACUCGAAAGCAUCAACUUCUAAAGUGAUGUCUUCUAACACUACUUACCCCAGUCUCAAAUCAAAUGCCGAAAAACCUACUUUUUCGGGAAAAUACGAGGAAUGGGAUCAAUUUUGUAAUUCAUUCAUGUUCCAUGUUAAUAAGUAUCCAGACGAUAAAUAUAAGUUAACAUAUUUGGAAACAUGUUUAUGCGAUAGAGCAGCGAAGUGGUUUAAGGAUGAGAUGACUACUGGCGCUGACUUUAAAAGCAUAUGGGAAGCGCUGAAAACUCGUUACUAUAAUCCGAGGUUCAUUUUGCGAAAAAAAGUUAAGAAAUUGUGGAAUCUUGGAACCCGUCUUGAAAAUAUGUCCAUGAAUCAGAUACUUGAGGUCAUUAAAAAAAUGCAGAAAAUCCUUCAGACUUUGAAGAAUAAUGGCUGGCCAUUAGAAAAUUGGGAUUCAAUGCUCAUCGCCAUAUUACAUGAACAUUUACCUACUGAAACGCGAAUAGUGUGGGAGAGAGAGCUUAAAUUAAAGGAAAAGUCGUUCAAACAGGGAAGUUCUUCUUUACCAUGCUUUAUGCCGACGUUUGCAGAGAUGGUUGCAUUUCUCGAAAAUAUAGCUCAAACUCCGUUAAAUAAGCGGGGUGAGAAAAGAUCGACUCCAAAUGCACUACCGUAUAAUCUUCAGAAGAUCACGGGCUUGCCUGAUGAAGAGCAAUCAGGGUCUUCAAGUUAUUCAAGGUGUCCACUCUGUACUGGCCAACAUUCCCUAGUGAUAUGCAAUGAUUUCCUUACAAAAUCUGCCAUCGAGCGGCAUAAAGAUAUUAUUCGCCUACAGCGUUGUUUUAUUUGUUUAGAUCGGCAUUAUAGGCACGCAUGCAGUUCUUCGAGAAGUUGUGAAAUUUGUAAAGGUAACCAUCACACUCUUAUUCAUUUAAAGGACACGAGAGAAUAG